AUGACCACAGCUUCUCACCAAAAAUCGGGUGCCGUUCAAGCGUUACGCGCUUUGGCCAUCAUUGCCGUCAUACUCUUUCAUCUCAACAAAUCCUUUGCUCCAAAUGGUUUCCUCGGAGUCGAUAUGUUUUUCGUGAUCUCAGGCUAUUUGAUGACAAUGAUUUUGACAAAAUCGGGAAUUUCGAUCGAUUCAACUUCGACAUUUCUUCAAAGAAGAAUUAAAAGAAUUGUGCCUUUAUAUUUAUUAACAAUAGCCAGUGUUUUGAUAGCUUCAAGGCUAUUUUUGUUGGCGAAAGAUUUGCGGAUUUUGCGAAUCGACGCUUUGUGGUCGUUGGGACUUGUAUCCAAUAUGCAACCACUUUUUCACGAGUUUGAUUACUUUGAAGAGUUAACCGAAUACAAACUCCUCACGCACACAUGGUCACUUGCAGCUGAACUCCAGUAUUAUUUGAUUGUUCCCUUAUUGAUGCUUUUCCUUUUAUCAAUCGGAUUUGCGAAAAGGAUUCUCAUCGCUCUUUUGAUCAUUUCAGCUUCACUAGGACUUCAAAUAUCUUUACCUCCAAACAUCGCCUUUGGUUUUCUCCCUUGCCGCGUUUGGCAAUUUUUCUUUGGAUUGAUUGUUUUUGAGCUCUCUCAAAAGCCAAAGCAAGAAUCGAUCAAUCGAGAAAAUGGAAAAGAAUACAAGAUCCUGGUCGAAGUCGAGUCGGAAGACGAGGAAAAAGCUCAAAAUGAAAGCAUUAAACGUUCUUCGUCUUCUCUUUUCCCCUCAUCACUUUUGUGUGGUUUCUCAUAUUUCUCUGCCAUUUUCACAUGCUAUUUCUCGACGGGUAGCGAUUUGAUCGACCGGAUUUUGGCCACAUUUCUAGCUGCACAUGUCAUCUAUUUCUCGACAAAAGGUCCUACACCAAUCCUUGACCUAUGGAUACUUCAAUAUAUUGGUGACAUUUCAUAUAUCCUUUAUUUGGUUCAUUGGCCGGUGAUAAUCUUGCUGAAAUAUGUGUCCUUUGAGGAAGUGAUCACUCCGCAAAAUUGCGUAAAACUUUCAAAAACACUUGAUUUCCCGAAGCUUGAGAACUUCAAAGUGACUCUUGGUGGCUAUGAAAAAGCUGGACAAGACACCGGAAAUGGCUCAUUCAACGUGUUAUUACUUGGGAAUUCGUUUAUGCGUUUCGGCUUUCCCCAUUUCUAUAAAGCGUUAAAUAAACGAUACAAAAAGUUGUACUUUCAUGCGAUUACGACAUGUAUGCCAUUUGAGAACAGCGGUGUAGUGGAUAGAAAAGAAGAAUGGUCAAAACAUUGCAAUGGAUCGAGAAUCGAGGAUUUGAAAUUGCUUGAAACGGCAAAACCGAAGAUAAUCUUCAUCUCGAUUGGAUAUUCAGGCGGCUUUGUGAAACAGAAAAUCGAAGCAAACGAUAGUUGGGUGAAAGAAGCCGUAAACUCGUUCAAUAUUUUUGGAAACUAUGCGGAUUUCAUCGUGAUCGACACACCAUUUUACGCGAUUUCUAGCGGAAUCGCUGAUGAUCUUCAAAAAAGAAUGAAGAAGAAAAUCCCGCCAAUGCCCAAGGAAAAAUCGCAAUUUCUAUUUAAAAAAUAUUUGGACAAGUACAAGUACGCUUUCAAAAGAAUCGAAAUGAUUCGAGAGAAAUGCACGAAAUGUCAUUUCGUCGAGGUGCAAUCCGAGUUCUGUGACGAGGCGUUUUGUCAAUCGUUUGAUUAUGAUUGUGGAAGC